UCAGAGAGAAAAUGGCAAGAACCAAACAAACCGCCCGUAAGUCCACCGGAGGAAAAGCUCCCAGGAAGCAGCUCGCCACCAAGGCUGCCCGCAAGAGCGCGCCGGCCACCGGCGGCGUGAAGAAGCCUCACCGCUACAGGCCCGGUACCGUGGCGCUGCGGGAGAUCCGCCGCUACCAGAAGUCCACCGAGCUGCUGAUCCGCAAGCUGCCCUUCCAGCGCCUGGUGCGAGAGAUCGCCCAGGACUUCAAGACCGACCUGCGCUUCCAGAGCUCCGCCGUCAUGGCUCUGCAGGAGGCCAGCGAGGCUUACCUGGUCGGCCUGUUCGAGGACACCAACCUGUGCGCCAUCCACGCCAAGAGGGUCACCAUCAUGCCCAAAGACAUCCAGCUGGCCCGCCGCAUCCGCGGGGAGAGAGCGUAGAGUCUCCCGGCCCCCGACACCACACAACGGCUCUUUUAAGAGCCACUCACUGGUUCACUGGAGACACAAGUCCUGAUGCUUACACGUUCAAGUCAAUCGAUUCAUAUAGAUAUUAAUGUUUAUCUGCCAUAUGUGAAUGAGUGCACUGUUCAAUAGAGAAACAAACCGGAAGAGCUAGACUUACAUGUAUUACUGGAUUAGUUAUAAGUACAAGUUCUAAUCAUGACAAUAUUAUUCACCUCAGAAUAAUCAGAUAUCAAACUAAUGUAACGGUCCAAUUCAUCAAUUGUGAGUUCAUAUUCACAAGGCAAACUUGAAGUUAGGUAUUAAUGAACCACAA